UCAUUUCUGUGACGUAAUUUGGACACGUCAAUACCAAGAAAUUAAAAAGGUGCAUCAUAAAACGAAUUCAUAAGACGAUUGAAGAUUCAUUAUAUAAAACUGUAGCAUCACAGUCGAAAUCGUUUAUGCUGAAAUAAAUACGUAUAAGUGUUAUAAAAACAACUACAAUGAAGAUCAAAGGAAGUAUAAUUUGUCUACUAGUGAUAUUUCACUGUUCAUAUGCACCUCCAGUUUCUCAAGAUAAGUCUAAGGAACAAGAUAGUGAAAUAAAGGAUGACCUGGAGGAGUAUAUGGAAUACCACAGAUAUUUAAAAGAAGUAGUUCAAGCUCUGGAAAGUGAUCCAGAUUUCAGAGAGCGGUUGGAAAAAGCUGAUGAAGAUGAUGUAAGAUCUGGAAAGAUAGCCGAACAACUGGAUUUUGUCAAUCACAAUGUUAGAACUAAAUUGGAUGAAAUUAAACGACGUGAAUUGGAUAGACUCCGCCACCUAGCUACUAAACAAUUUGAAUUAACUAAUGAUCUUGAAAUAAAUACUGGAAAAAUACCAUCAAAUGAGCAUUUAGAUCAUGAUAAUCCUCAUACAUUUGAAAUUGAAGAUCUAAAGAAGUUGAUAAAGAAAACAACAUCUGAUUUAGAAGAGGCUGACAAGCAGAGAAAGGAAGACUUCAAGAAAUAUGAAAUGCAAAAAGAAUUUGAUAAGCAUCAAAAACUUGAGGCAAUGGAUGAGGUUCAUAAGAAAGAAUAUAUGGAGAAAAUGAAGCAAGAGGAAGAGGAAAGGAAACAUCAUCAACCAUUACAUCAUCCUGUGACCAGAGAACAGUUGUUAGAACUAUGGAAAAACGCCGACCAUAUGGAUAAAAAAGAUUUCAACCCAAAAGCAUUUUUCAUGAUGCAUGACGUUGACGGGAACGGUGUCUGGGAUGCUGACGAAGUUAAAGCACUAUUUAUCAAGGAAUUGGACAAAGUUUACGGGCCGGGAGGUCCAAAUAAGGAUCUGCAUGAGAGAGCUGAAGAAAUGGAGCGAAUGCGAGAACAUGUAUUCAAAGAGAACGACCGCAACCGAGACGGACUUAUCGACUUCCAUGAGUUCAUGACUGAGACGCAGAAGGCUGAUUUCAAUCAAGAUGAAGGUUGGAAAUCUAUAGAUGAAAAUCAAAUUUACACGCAAACUGAAUAUGAGGAAUUUGAAAGACGAAGACUUGAAGAACUGAGAUACCUGCAGCAACGUGGUUUGGUUGAUGCUCAUGGUAGACCAGUCCCGGGUGCCCAGCAUCAAAUUCACCAAGCAUACCAGCAACAACAAGCCUUCCAACAACAACAACAAUUCCAGCAAGCCCAACAACAAGGAUACCAAGGCCACCAGCAAUAUUAUCAGGGACAUCCUCAAGGACAACUGCCUCCGCAAUAUGCACCAGGUCAAGCGCCCCCAGGCUUUCAUCCUAAUCCGGUACCACAGGGACAACCCCAAUUCCAAGGUUACCCGCAAGGUCAAUUCCAAGGACAACCUCAGGGUCAAUUCCAAGGACAACCUCAGGGUCAGUUUCAAGGACAACCUCAAGGUCAAUUCCAAGGACAGCCUCAAGGACAGUUCCAAGGACAGCCACAAGGUCAAUUCCAGGGUCAGCCUCAAGGACAGUUCCAAGCCCACCAGGGUCAACCCCAAGGUCAACAAGGACAGGCACAAGGACAACAGCAUCCUCCAGCACAAAAUCAACCAGGAAACUUGAACCAGCCUCCGCAAGCACAGAACGUGAAUCAAGCAUCUCAGCAACAGGCUCCAAAAGUUGAUUCCCCCAUCCAAGGCCAGUCUCAACCGGUUCAAGGUCAGAGUGGUCAAACCCAAACGAACCAAGUACAAGGCCAAGUUCCACCUCAAGGUCAGAACCCUGGACAAGCUUCGCAAGGUCAAAACCAAGGACAACCUCCUCAAGGUCAAGCACCUCAUGUUCAGGCCCAACCGCCUAAUGUAAUAGUUAAUCAUUAAAAUACUAUGAAUGCUAUAUUCUACGCAUAUUAAUCACAUCACAGCUACUCGCAAAUUGGUGCCAAAUUAUAACCUCUUUGUUAUAUCUCAUACUCACUUUUAUAAUUAUUUUAUGAUGCACGAAUGUUUUAACUUUGCCAGAUUUAAUUAGUCAAGCUGUGUCUAACUAACGAAGAGUUAGUAUAGUAUUAGCGUUAAAUCUGAUUCUAUUUGACUGGAUGUUGAUUAUUAACAAGUUAUUUAUUUAAAAAGCCUGAAAUCCCGACUGAUUUGAAUCAAUAAAACACAACAUUUGGCGUAAGUUGAUUAGAAAAAGGAUAUAUAUAAAAAUAUUUAAGUCGGGAAAUUACGUUAAACAUAAUAUUGUAAUAUGUCAAAAAUGUUUCUCAUUUAAUAUUAAUUUGAAUGUUGAUAAUUUAGUCAUAGUUUUCUGCCACUAUAUUUUGAAUUAAAAAGCAAAGUAAUUUGUUAUGUAUGUUUGUCGGUUUGAUAUAUGUUGUAUGUAAUGUGAAAUAUAUAGUUCAAAAAAAUCUAGUAAAGUUAUUGAUUCGUAUUUGCAUGUGCGUUGCCAAACUGUAAUGGCUUAGAGAAUUAGAAAAUACUGGCUAUCGUAUUCUAUAAUAAAUUAUCAAUAACA